AUGCAAUCGCCAACUGAUAUCUAUAUUCCAACACAAUUCGACAGACAGUUAGCGUACCCAAUGCAAUUUACAAAUCCACAACAAGUGCAACAAUCGUAUAUGAAUGGUUUAAACCCUGUUCUAUAUCAACGAGUGCCUACGAAUACUAUUCAGCAGCAUUUGUCGAGUAGUAUUCCACUCACGCAGCAAGAUCUGUUUAUACAACCACAGUCCCAACAGUCUUCGACACAGCAACUAGCACAAACACUAACACCACAACAACUAACACAGCAACAGCUAUCACAACAGCAAAUACUAGCACAUCCACUACAAAGGCAAAAUGUACCUUCCUCAUUUCUUAAUCAAAACCAACUAACUCCACAGCAACAGCAUCAGAGCCAACAGCCACAUAAUCAACAUCAACGACAGCAACAACAGUUAUCUCAAAUACUCACACAUCAGCUGAUGUCACCUCCUGCGAGUGUCACAUCACUUCAAUCGCAUAGCUUAUAUCAUGUAAACAAAAUUAAUCAAAAUCAACAACAAAUACAACACCAACAAAUACAACGACAACAACAACAACAGCAACAACAGCAACAACAACAAAUACAGCAGCAACAAAUGCAGCAACAACACAUACAGCAGCAACAGCAAGCACCGCAACAUUUUACUGUACAGAGAUUAUAUGAGCGCGAGCUAGUGCAACAAAAUUCCGAUCAAAGUACGCCCAAAAGUGGUCAGGCAGAACAAUCAGAAUAUAUCCAACCGCAAAUCAGUCCAAACGUAAGCGAUCAGAUGGUUAUGAGACAUGUGUUUCCGGGAGCUCAUAUGCAUACGCAGGUUCACGUACCAACACAGACGGUUCCUAAUCAACCCCUUUUGAAACACCCCAUUAAAAGCGAAACCGUUUCAACUUUGUCUCAAUCACAAGGAAAUGUUGAGCAAGGAACACAACCGCUAAUCGCGUUUCAUCAAUCCACGCUUCCACAAUCUCCUCAGUUGAGUACUGCUAAAAAGUCACCCCAGUCUCCAGUAAAGGUACAUCAAAGAGCUCAAAUCCAGGUUCCUCAGCAGCUUUAUUCUCAAGGACAAACUACACACGUACCUGUUCCAUCGCAAGUCCAACCUCAAGUACGUCCUGCUCAUAUCCCUCAUCAAAUUCAAGGACAAGUUGGACAUGUCCAUCACCAGCCCCAGAUUCAAACUCAAAGACAAUCCACGCAUGUAACUCAGCAACGAGGCCGCAAAUUGUCAAAAUCUCAAACGCCACAACCACAGCCUUCCAACUUUCAACAAGAAUGCGUUCUCAAGGCUAUCAAGUGCUUGACACUUGUACUCGCAUGUAAAAAAAAUGAUCGAAAAUAUUCACCAGAAGUUGAAGCUAGGACACGAUUUAGAUUAAGUGAGAUAUUGUUUAUGUACACGGAUAAUACGGCAGAUGCUAAACAACAUUUAGAAAAUGCUUUGACUAUAGUCCAAAAGCUUGAUAAUCUGGUUAAUCUGAAGUUCCAAAUGCUGGAGCUUCGAUGUCGAAUGUUAAACUCAAAUAAUAAUAUCAAGGAAGCUACGGAUAUUCUUGAACUAGCGUUUACGGAGGCAGUAGAACAUAAUAUGCCCAAUUGGAUGUACCAAUUCUUACUCUUACGUGCCAGUUACUUCAAUUCGGUCCGAGACUUGUCUUCCUGUACGUCGGUGUUAGAUCAAGCUGAACUUAUAGCUAACCAACGAGGUGAUAUUGACAUGAAAGCCUGCAUCCUAAUUUCCAAAUCCCAGUACGCUCUCGCACAGCCCACACUUCAAUCGCUCGCUGUUGUUCGAACCUGUCUUUCCUCUCUCGCUUCGGCAUGUUUUCCCCGUUCAGCAGCACAGUCACAGCCAUAUAAUGGGGUCAUAAACAAGCAGUUACAUCUGCAAUAUUUUUUGUUGUAUAUUGUGUAUAAUAUGCACAUUGGGAACGUUAAGGCGGCGAUGGAGCGAUUGAGUGAAGUGCAUCAAGUUUUAGAUGCGAAAGACGACGAUGAGAGCGAUGAUGAAUUAAACGGGUAUACUAUUGUACAAAUAUCGGCUGCCCCAAUCGCUAGUGGUCCGACAACGGCUUCUGAUUCAUCGAGAGCAACAAUGCCAGUAGUUAUACGAUGGUUAUCAAGAAAGGAAAUGUAUUCGUUGACGUUCUUGAUAUCUGGAUUGUGUAAUAGAGGUGAUACGAGUAAUCUCAAGGCAACAGCAUUCUUAACAGAAGGAUUGAAGAUUGUUCAGAGUAAAUAUAAAGAUACUAUCGUUGUGGUUGUUUUACGAGUUCGAGCGUUAGAGGAGGAGAUUGAGUCAGAGGAAGAAAGCCAGUUACCUCUUCAUGAUGUGAUAAGAGUGAAGACUUUCUUUGUGAAGCUGAAGACAUAUAUUUUAUUACAUCUAGUCGAUGUUUAUAUGUUAAGAUCUGAUUACGAUGAAGCAGAGAAGCAACUAGCAUCUCUAUUCGACUGGGCGUCAAAAUAUGGUCUAUGGUCUCAUAUUCAAGUGUCUGCCACACUUGCAUUGGGAAUGAUAAAUCAAUGUGUUGGCAAGUUUAGCGAUGCGUGGGAUUACUACCGUACAGUUGAGAAGACAGCCGAAUCGGCAUAUGUCAAAACGCUCGCCAAAAUUAAUAGAUUCUUAAUAUUAUUUGGUAAUUCUAAUCACGAUGAUGAACAGCAGCAACAACAGAUAAAUUUUCUGCUUAACGAAAUAAGACAACUAGUGACAAAAGAACUCAGCAAUAUUGAUGGGUUGAAGGCAAUACUACAAUUAUUCGAAGCAUUGGUUACUAAAGAACAGGACAGGGCCAAGGAACGUCUAUAUGAAGCAUUGAAACUUUCUAAAUCGCUGUGUAAUAAUCAAUUACAAGCAAUAACGCUCACAGUCUUAGGGCCAUUGCUAUACAAAGCGCAGAACAUUCAAGCAGAAAAGACACUGGCUGCUGCAUAUACGCUAAGCAAGCAUGUAGGAAACAAUGUACAGAGUCUCAUAUCAGGGCGACUAUUGACAGAUAUCUAUGUUCAUCAAGGUCAUCAACAGCGAUACUCUAAACAACUCUCGCUAAAUCAACAACACGAACGCGCUAUUAAUAAUCUCAUUAAUAACUGGAAUACGAAACAUAAAGCCGUGUUAGACUUGAAACGGCUUGUAAAUGAAAGUAACCGAGGAGUUGAUGUUAGAAGUGGAGUUUAUGAAACAUUACGGAGUGAUGGAAUAUAUUAG